AUGGGAAGGCGACAGCAAGAAUCCGAAGAUCUAGCAGAUGAGGCUGGCGAUGAAGCAGAAAUGGAAGACGAUGGAGACGGAGAAGUGCAGAAGCGUCAAGAGGGGGAAACACCUGUACGAAAGCCGUUUGAUGUCGACGAAUUUCUGGAAGAGCAGCGGGCCAGAGAGCUGGCUUGCCGUAUGAUACAGAGGUCGAUGAUAAACAGGACUCGCUGCUCCGGUGGAUAUCCCACCGACGGCAUUCUCAAUGAGCCGCUCCAUGUUUCGGAGGUGUAUGGCAUACGGGGCGGAGAAGUCACAACACUGGACGAUGAGGAAGCACUGGAAGCAGCUGCGGCCAGUGCUUUACCACCCAGCCCUGAAGAAGGUUCAACGCCAUCGACAGAUGAACCGCGCACACUUACACAAGCCGUACACGCCGGUGGGAACGUAGAGACACAGGACUACGACGACGCACGAGAGAUCAUUCGGCCACUCCUCGUCGUUCUGUACGGCUUGAGACCUUCCAUCGGCUCCAGGGUCAUCAGGGAUAUCAUAGUUAGAUACACCAUAGCGAUGGGUCUGGGUUACACUGACCCGAACAAUCACCGUCGUACGUUGUUGACUACGGCGGCUGUUCACCUUGAGGGUGUAAACGGGUUUGUCGAUCACGAAGGCGUCGAAGAUCUGAGCGAAGAUGUUUGGAUUCGUGAGCCUGAUAGCGAGUAUCGAACUGGUGAUAGUCGCGGAAACGGAAGAAGCACCAACGACAACAGAAACGGAACUACAAACACCUUCCACAUCAACGUCGGUAUUGUAACGCAAAACUUCAAUAAUGCCAAUGGCGCUCCCCUGACAAAUGGUCGAACCCACACCUCCAACGCCUACACUCAAAACCCAUCCCCAGAGCGAGUGACCGCAGACCCAGAUGAUAUCCGACCGCGUCCCCGCCUCUCCACCCCAGAACUCAACGAAGCAAUUGGGGACUGGGGCUCCGUAUCAUACACGCUCGACGGCCCUAUUCUACGCCUUCGCGCGAUCCGCGCCGAAGGUGGAAUAGACCAGGAAUUCCCUCUCCGUCCGCAUCCAGAUGUGAACGACGAUUAUUCCCCCAAGUGUUUAUGUUGGGGAUGGUACGAGAAGCUCAUCAGAGUCUUCAACGCGCUCUUCUCGGAGCGCAUCCUUAAGCGGAACCACGCUUGUCAACUCCGCCGUUGGGAGUACAAACGGCGACACGGUCCCCACUUCCAACCCGCCUACGAACGGUGA